AUGCCAGACGCUCACUGCACAAGCCAAUACAACGUCAGAGUCUUGGAUGUCGUCGGUGUCACCAUUGCCUGGUUGACUGUAUUCAGGUGGAUUUUAGUUGUCCUCUUUGCGGACGACAUCAACCUCCUCUGCUGUCUACCAAAUCCAAAACGACUCGGGUCAGGGAAGUUCAAGUCGUUCUUCCUCAUGCUUUUCUCCUUUGGGUCCUUGAUCUACACCAUUGUCCAAGCAGCCAAGUGCGGAGAAAAACUCGUCGCUGCCCUGAUGGUGUUUGCCGGCUUGUACGACAUGAUCUUUACCCUGGCCAAGGACAGCCUCCAUUUCAUGUUCCUCGGCAUCUGUUGCAUGUUUCCGCUCCCGGACGUCGCCCUAAUCUCUGCCAGUGCAGUUGCCAUCACAUAUGGUGGAAUCCUUGGCAUUGCCGCACUGGUCGCCUUUGUUAUGUUCUCUGUCCCGAAAUAUAACACGCCGUAUCACGACCACAAUUCAACCUACAUUGCUGGACCACUCGUCAUCAAGUACACCGUCAUAUACCCUAUGCUAUUAGCAUGCUUCAUCACCAUCAUCGUCAAAGAUCACAACCAAUGGAUUCCACGACCUCAAAUGAAACUGGAGCAGUACUUACUGGUCGCCAAGAUCAUAUCGGGCACGGGUGCGGUGGACGUUUUCGCGGCCGUGUUCGCGGUUGUGUUAAAACGCGUUCGGAUGUGGGUUUUUGACUCUUAUGACGACGACGAGAACUCCGAUGACCUUCCGGACCUGGAGACGGGCAUCUUUUGGUGGGGCCUCAAGACGUCCAGUGUUCAAGAGAUCAAUCGUCCGGGAUUUCAUGUCUAUAAUUCUUGGUCGCAAGUUGAAAAUGCACCUCGGACUUUUACCGAGUCCUUGCCGCUGUCUGAACUCGAACGCAAGUUAUAUGGCGAUGAACCGCAAGAUAACGAGAGCUGA